AAAAAAUCUCCAAAAGUGUCCAAACAAAGUGAAACCAACGUUCCAAUCAAAGCAAAAGCAUGACAGAUACUCCAUAAGCAUAACCCACUUCCUCAGCUCCUUCCCUUCUUCUGACCCUUCUUGCUCUUUGCUCUGUCGAAGUCAGAAGCUUAUCGUCCAUGGUGAACAACGAAGAAGAAGCAAAACAACAACAGCUACCGGAGGUUUUACAGCUCCGGCCUGUCCGGGCAAUAGCCAUUACGGAAGAUCGAUUCACGAAGAAGUUCAGAUUUCUCAAGGCCUGGGAGUCUUCAAUGCCCACGGAGCUUUUCUUGACCACUCACGGUCAGUCGGUGAGAGCUAUCCUCUGUUCUGGCAUAACCCCUGUUCCUGCCAACAUCCUUCGAUGCCUUCCUUCACUCGGAUGCAUCGUCACCACCAGUGCCGGUCUCAACCACAUUGAUUUGGGCGAAUGCCGGAGGAGGGGAAUUGCUAUAGCCAAUGCUGGAGACUGUUUCUCCGAAGACGUUGCUGAUUACGCUAUUGGACUAUUGCUCGAUGUCCUGAGACGGAUCUCUGCUGCCAACCGCUAUGUUCGCCAGGGACUUUGGCCUACCAAGGGGGACUAUCCUCUUGGCUCCAGGUUGAGAGGAAAGAGCUUGGGGAUUGUUGGGCUGGGACGUAUAGGCUCUGAAGUUGCAAAAAGGCUUGUGGCCUUUGGCUGCAGUAUCUCUUACAACUCAAGGAAGAAGAAGCCAUCUGUUGCAUUUCCAUACUGUUCGGAUGUCCUUGACCUUGCAGCUAAUAGUGAUGUUCUCAUUAUUUGUUGUGCAUUGAACAAGGAAACAUACCACAUCAUUAACAAGGAUGUAUUAUUGGCACUGGGAGAGAAAGGAGUUAUUGUUAAUGUGGGACGUGGAGCUCUCAUUGAUGAAAAGGAAUUGGUUCAGUGUUUGGUGAAAGGUGAAAUUGGAGGUGCUGGUCUGGAUGUGUUUGAGAAUGAGCCUCAUCUUCCCAAAGAGCUUCGUGACUUGGAUAAUGUUGUAUUAUCUCCACAUAAAGCUGUCUUUACAGAAGAAUCCGAUUCGUCAUUGCAGGAUUUGCUGAUAGCCAACUUGGAGGCAUUCUUCUCAAAUAAACCAUUGCUUUCUGAGGUGAAGGAUGAAUGAGAAGAUCAUCUAUUCCAUGACAGAAACCAACAUGAAAUUUGAUCACCAUGGGAAACAGGUACCAAAGAUAAAUGUCUCUGUUGGCCGGCAUUAUCUAUCAUCUCUUGUGGAUGAUUCAUUCGGCGCAUGCGUAAUUCCAUUUUUGGAGAUGCACAACCAUGAAGUUCUACAAUAACUCCUAUUAUGUCUAGGAUUCCUUGGGUAGUAUAUAUGGUUUGUUUAUCAGAGGGAAAGACCCUAGUUGGAAUUUUUCCCUGCUCAUGUUUUGCACUUUCUUUUUGGAAGGCAUGAAAAAGCAACUAAAAGUUAUGUUUAUACAUUGAGAUUUUAUUUUAGGGAAAAA